GGGGUGGCGCGCGGCGAGCGCGCGCGCCCAGAUGAGAGGAGCAGGAGGGGCGCGGGGGUGACGGUGCGGAGCCGCUGCCAGCGCCCGGGCGAGAGCAGGCGGUCGGGCCCCAGCAGGAGGUGGGCCAGAGGCCAGGGCGGCUGCCGGGACCCUGCGGACGGCACCCGCACCGCGUCGCGGCGGUUUCUGGCCUGGUGGAGAAGGCGUUGCCGAGCCCCAGCGGGGGAAGAUGUUCAGCGUGGAGUCGGUGGAGCGGGUGGAGCUGUGCGAGAGCCUUCUGACUUGGAUCCAGACAUUUAAUGUGGAUGCACCAUGCCAGACUGUGGAAGAUUUAACGAGUGGGGUUGUGAUGGCCCAGGUUCUUCAAAAGAUAGAUCCCGCAUAUUUUGAUGAAAACUGGCUAAACAGAAUCAAAACCGAAGUAGGAGAUAAUUGGAGGCUAAAGAUAAGCAAUUUAAAGAAAAUUUUAAAAGGAAUCCUGGAUUAUAAUCAUGAGAUCCUAGGACAGCAGAUUAAUGACUUCACUCUUCCUGACGUGACCCUUGUUGGGGAGCAUUCUGACGCAGCCGAGCUCGGGAGGAUGCUGCAACUCAUUUUAGGCUGUGCUGUGAACUGUGAACAGAAGCAAGAGUACAUCCAAGCCAUUAUGAUGAUGGAGGAGUCUGUGCAGCACGUUGUCAUGACAGCCAUUCAGGAGCUGAUGAGUAAAGAAUCUCCUGUGUCUGCUGGGAAUGAUGCCUACGUAGACCUUGAUCGCCAGUUGAAGAAAACUACAGAGGAACUGAAUGAGGCUUUGUCAGCAAAGGAAGAAAUUGCUCAGAGGUGCCAUGAACUGGAUAUGCAGGUUGCAGCUCUGCAAGAGGAGAAGAGUAGUUUGUUGGCAGAAAAUCAGAUACUAAUGGAAAGACUCAAUCAAUCUGAUUCUAUAGAAGACCCUAAUAGUCCAGCAGGAAGAAGGCAUUUGCAGCUCCAGACACAAUUAGAACAGCUACAGGAAGAAACAUUCAGACUAGAAGCUGCUAAAGAUGAUUAUCGGAUACGCUGUGAAGAAUUAGAGAAGGAAAUCUCCGAACUGCGGCAGCAGAACGAUGAGCUCACCACGUUGGCAGACGAAGCCCAGUCUCUGAAGGAUGAGAUUGAUGUUCUUAGGCAUUCUUCUGAUAAAGUUUCUAAACUAGAAGGUCAAGUGGAAUCUUACAAAAAGAAGCUAGAGGACCUUGGUGAUUUGAGGCGGCAGGUUAAGCUCUUAGAAGAGAAGAAUACCAUGUAUAUGCAGAACACUGUCAGUCUAGAGGAAGAGUUGAGGAAGGCCAAUGCAGCACGGAGUCAGCUGGAGACGUAUAAGAGACAGGUAGUAGAACUGCAAAAUAGAUUAUCUGAAGAAUCAAAGAAAGCAGAUAAAUUAGAUUUUGAAUAUAAGCGGCUAAAAGAAAAAGUUGACAGUCUUCAAAAAGAAAAAGAUAGACUACGAACAGAAAGGGAUUCCUUAAAGGAAACCAUUGAAGAACUUCGAUGUGUACAGGCUCAAGAAGGGCAGCUCACAACUCAAGGGCUAAUCCCUCUGGGAAGUCAGGAAUCUUCAGACAGUCUGGCAGCAGAGAUUGUUACACCUGAGAUCAGGGAGAAACUUAUUCGUCUUCAGCAUGAGAAUAAGAUGUUAAAACUUAACCAAGAGGGUUCAGACAAUGAAAAAAUUGCCUUACUGCAGAGUCUUCUAGAUGAUGCAAAUCUACGUAAGAAUGAACUGGAGACAGAGAAUAGGCUGGUGAAUCAAAGACUUCUGGAAGUACAGUCACAAGUCGAAGAAUUGCAAAAAUCUUUACAGGAUCACGGCUCAAAAGCAGAAGAUUCAGUUCUUCUAAAAAAGAAGCUUGAGGAACACCUAGAGAAGCUGCAUGAAGCCAAUAAUGAAUUGCAGAAGAAGAGAGCCAUUAUUGAAGAUCUUGAGCCAAGGUUUAACAAUAGUUCCUUAAAAAUUGAAGAAUUACAAGAAGCUUUACGGAAGAAGGAAGAGGAAAUGAAGCAAAUGGAAGAACGAUAUAAAAAAUACUUAGAGAAAGCCAAAAGUGUUAUCCGCACUUUAGAUCCUAAACAGAAUCAAGGAGCAGCACCAGAAAUACAAGCUCUUAAAAAUCAGCUCCAGGAACGGGACCGACUUUUCCAUUCAUUGGAGAAAGAAUAUGAGAAAACGAAGAGUCAAAGAGAGAUGGAGGAGAAAUACAUUGUUAGUGCCUGGUACAAUAUGGGAAUGACUCUGCAUAAAAAGGCGGCUGAAGAUAGACUGGCUAGCACAGGUUCAGGGCAGUCAUUUCUGGCUAGGCAAAGACAGGCAACCAGCACAAGAAGAUCCUACCCAGGCCAUGUUCAACCAGCCACAGCAAGGUAGAGAAGUCUUGCCGUUAGAAGUAAAACCUGCAUUCAGAGCAUCCUUCUGUUAUGUGUAGCAGCAUUUCAGGAAAGUCAGCCAGCUUAUUUUUUUGUUUUCCUUUGAUGUUAAUAUUUAGUGCUUCUUAUCUGAGGACUUUUUCUCUCUCCUGUAUCUUUCUUUUAGUUUAUCUUGUCCUUUAUUUUAUAGUCCUUUGAGUUCCUUUUAAUGUGCCAAAAAUUUGUAAAUGUCCAAUUAAAAGUGUUGUAUAAUAGUGUAAUACUUUUAUUUGUACGAAAAUGUCUUCUUCCCCAAUGGUAUAGGCUUUGUAAUGAAUUAGAUUUUCUGCCAAUAAUUGAUAUAAAUUUAUAUUCUUUAUUGUGCCUAUGUGUUACCAUGCUUUAUAAGAAUGUCUUUGUUUAAAGGGAAUUAAUCUUUUUAUGAUGUAUUAAUCUGUGUUUUUGAUUGUUUUCCAAAUGCACUUCAAAUAACUUGCAUAUUUACUAUAAAAAAUGGUUGGCAAGUGCACUUUUUGCAAAGACGAGAAUACAUUGGCAGAAGUGCUAAUCAUGUCACUUAAGGCACCCGGUAGAAUUAUUUAGAGGGAGAAAAAUGAGUUUUCAUGUGAUUUUAUAGAAAAUUAAAUUUGUCCUAAGAUUUGGAGACUGUUUUUGAAACAUGUAAAAUUUCAUUAUUUUUUGCUUUUUUGUUUGCUGGCAAAAUUGAACAUAUUGGUGAGGUUAUUUGUGGGGAAAUUACAAAAGAAAAAAGGCAGUACCUUUUAAUUGUUUUCUUGUUUUGGAGUAUCUUUGUAGCCAAGAAUUGAUUCUGGCAAUGUGCUUGACAUUUAUGCUUUCAGUUACUCUCCAUAUCUAGAAGAUUUAUUUUUCCUAUGCUUACAAGUAAGGUAUUCCUUUUGGGCAAUUUGUUAACUAGUUUCUCAUUUGUUUUACAUAUUUCUUGAUAUAUAAACCCUUUCGUUUCUUAUAAUUCCUUAUACUUAAUGCAAGUCAUUCAGAUCAUUGAGUGACUUCUUGUAUGUAGUUGUUGUUAGGAGAGCUCUCUGCAUUUUUUCUUAAAUCUAUCUACUAGUCCUUGGAUUUGUUACUAAAUAGAUUUUCUUAGGUUUCAAAAUGCUUAAAUGGUAAAUCAGGUUUAUUUACAUUGAUGAAUGGCUGCAGAGUAAUCAUUGUAAGGCACUUCGUCUGUCUAAGGUGCUAUAGUUAUAAAAGCAAAACAUUUGUGUGAAAAUGAAAUGCCUUCUAACUUUCCAUUUUGAUGCAUAGAAGUAUUUGACCCCAAAUUAUAUUGAAUUCCUUUGCCUUUUUCUUCUAGAAAAUUUUUUUUAAAAAGUAAAAUAGUUUCUGAAAUUAGGUCAGGGUUUUUUGUUUUUGGAUAGAUUACCUAAAACCUAUUUAAUGUACUUGCUGCUUGAAAGAUCAGGUUUCAUUUAGGUUUAAAUGUUAAAUACAAAUAAGUAACUUUGAAUCAAGCUAAAUGUAAUUAAGGGUUUUCAGAAAUUAAAUUCAUGUGUUUGCUUUUAAAAUCCUUUUUUAUAGGUAAAUUGACUUAAAAUUGUAAGCAUUUUUGGUCUUAGAGAACAUACUUGAAGAAAGGCAUUGGCAUAUACACAGAAGUGACCCCAUGCAUUGUGCUAAUUCUUGGCAUUAAACACAGAAGUCUGAUCUCAGCAUGAGCACUUCUCUCUGACAAUACUCCAAGGCAGCGAGAAUCAGCAGUCACACACAACUGCAUGUGAGAAGCAUGCAUUACGGGGUUUCAGGAGGCUGAGCAGACCUAUGCGACAGAGGAGAUGAGAGGUUAAAGCCCAUGUAGGAUGCUUCUCAUCCCCACCCUAUUUCACAAACAACAUGAGGAUUCAAGUGCUUAUGAAACAGAUUAGGAUAUGAACACUACUAGUCUUGGUAAAAUAAAAAUUAUGGGGACAUUAUACCCCUAGAGUAAGGCAGGUGGAAGCAAGCCUGUGACUUACUCAAUAAGUGAGUUAUAUUCUGUGAGCUGAGAGGCUGUAAUUACUGCUCAGUCCUGGGCUUCUAUCCAGAUAUUUUUUUCUAAAUGGAUUGGAAAGGUGCCAAGAUUUUAGAAGGAGGUUUUACUUCAGAUUUUUCUUUAGCAUCUGUUGUAUGCUAUGAUUUGUGUAUUUACAUUUGUAACUUUCAUUACAUUAGAAGAAAUUAUAUUUCUAAACAUUUUCUGAUGUUUGAAAACAGAACAGGUUUUUAUAAGAUAUAGCAUCUGAAUAUAUUUUAGCUAUUGGAAAGCCAAGACUAAAACUUAGCAGUAACCAUGGCAGCCAUUCCUUUGUCUAGCUUUUGGACAGCGUUAAUGUUCUUUCUCUUUCUCCAUUAAUGGUUAAUAAUUCUCAAGAGAUUGGUGAUGAUGUAUAGCAUUAGGGGCUUUAUCUGGAUGUGCUAAGCUCUGUUGUCACAGACUCCUGUACAUAGUACUUCAUGAAGUCGCCAGGUGCUGGUAUUGGAGCUGGUGGGAGGAGUGUGCAGUGUUAAUCUGGUAAGUGGCCAUGAGCCGCUGUCAUAGUAUUUGAAUUCUUAGAAACAGGCUAUUUGCCUUCUAAACAGGGUAAGAAAAUAAAAAUAAAUGCCUAAACAAUAUUGAAACAUAGCAUUUAUGUCUAUAGUUCAUAUGUGAAAUGAAAGAAUCCAGCAAAUAUAUCUGAAAAGAAAAUAAGUAAUAACAAUUGUACAUAUUUUAAAUGAACUUUCAAAAACUGGAUCAAAUUUUUUUACUACUUGAUAAUAACCAAGAAAAAGAAGUCCCUAAGUAAAAGGCCCGUGCUCCAAAAUUUAGCAGCAUUGAAUUAUUUCCACUGGAUGUCCUUAGCCAGGUGUAGUUGGCUUCCUGAGAUGAUUUAGAGUGUGAAGGUGGUGUUGUGGGCUGUGAUUGUAUUAGAAUGAUGAAAGCUCAGUUGUACCAAGGGAAGCUAAAGCUUACCCAGUCAGAAACAUCAGCCUGUAUAUUUCCUUAGUUCUCACAAAGAAGUAUCCAUGCAGUGGGAAUAGGUGGGUAGUGAGUGAUUGUCAAGUGAAAGAUGAGCUACAUUGAAGAAAAGAUAAAUUUUAUUUGUGAGCUACUUUACUCACACCUCCUUUGCAGUUGGUGUAUUCUUGGUAACUAAGUAAUAAUAUGAAAUACUUUUGAGUAUAUCCCGCUCCCACACAAGGAUUCAACCGUUAAUGAUUACACUGUGUUAAAAAUGUUUAAAAUCUUUUUCCCAAUACAAGAAUUAUCUUGAAGCAGAAACCUAAAUUUUUAAAAAUUCAUUUAACUCUCGCGUUUUGCUUGCAGUUGUCCAGAUCUCUGAUUCUAGGAAUGUUGCAAUUAUCCCCAGCUGGAACAAGUGAGAUUUAUCUGGAAAGUGGAACUCCAGCUAGUUGAUAGCCACGUGGAUAAGGAUAUCAUUCGUCCAAAAGUGAGAAAUGCCCUGGGCACUUGCCUCUGCUAAGAAUACCAAAAUAGCAGCAUUCAGAUAAAAUGCCUUUUGUUGUCUAUUCGUUAAGCUAUGGAAGAAUAUUUUUGCUUUUUCUUCCUAUAUUAUGAGGAUGUGAUCGUUCGACUGGUGCAGCAUUGUCCUGGGCAGUGACAUUGCUCUGCCAUCCUCAAGGCUGGGGAAAGGAUAGACCGAGCAGAGUGAGUGGGCAUCAGAAUCAGGAUCGUUACAUCAAGUGCUGUCUUUUCAAUAAGGGAAAAGGGUUUCCUUUUCAAUAAAAAAAUCAUCUCUGCUGCUUUAGUCCUUAACUAAUAAAGUGGCAGCUUAUUUUGGCAGAUAUUCAACCCAGUUCCUGUAACAUUUAGAAAGAAGCUUUAAAAUUUAUUCUUUAUGAUUUUAAUAUUUUAUGUCAUUAUGUUUUUAUAUGAGGAAGCAUACUCUCAAUGUAUAUGUCACUUAAAUUUUUACUUUAUAAAGAAUACUUAGUGUUCCUUUUCUUGAAAACUUUGAAAAUGUUUUAUUGUCUAAGUUUAGCACAAUAAUGUUCUAAUGUGUUACAGUAAAUGCUGUUUAGUUCUCAGAAACUAAAAAAAAAAAAAAAAAGUGCAGCUGAUACAACUAAUUUCCCCCCUUUCUGAGUUCCCCCAAAUCACACAAGUGUUCAAAUUUAGCUUUCUACUUAUAGAGUGAAAGCACACAUGACAUCACAUAUAUCCCUUAAAUCAUAGAUGAUACUUUUGGGAGGGCCAUGCUGAUUAUAAAUAGCCUUUACCAAACCAGGCCAUAUGUAAUACCUUUAUGAAUAUUGAAACUUAGAAAAUUCAUUUAAUGUUGUUAAGACAAUGCGUGAAUAUCUUUGCAUUACACUAAAUGAUAAAGAAGGGACAUUAGUUUAUUUGAGAAACGAGAUAAUAAACCUGAUCAUGGCAAGUAUAUGGUUUUUGCAUUUGUGGCAGGGUCCAUAAUGCUUCCUAAGAAAUGCAGAUAUAUAUAUAUAUGUAUCAGAAUUACUUGAUGUCUCUCUAAAGUAUUUUUCUUUCUCUCAUAUUUUCCAGUAAUAUUUGUAAGAGUAGGUUUGCAUGCUGUGUGUUAAGUCAGAAUAGAAAUCUAAGAAAGUAGCAGAAGUCUGUUAAGGCAAAUCCAUUCUAGUAAAUACAAUGGAUGAUUACAUUAAGAAAUUGCCUAAUUGUGGGUGAAUAUCCAGGCAGAUGGAAGUACUAACACAGUGAAAACUUUAUCCUAACAGAUGUUCUUGAAGUAAUACUUUACAUGUAAUCUUCUGUUAUGUGAUCAUUCAAUAACAGCGUAAACAGAAAUGUAACUUAUUUUCUAAAUGUCCUUCCCUUCAGUAGCUGUUAACUAGACACAUAGUAUAACUCUAGGUAUUAAUUAGUGGAGGGGAAAACAUUUAUUUUCAUUUUGACACUUAAACCAUUACUAAACCUGAGAUAGAGGUUUUAGUUCAUCAUUAACAUGCUAUGAUUUGAUGAGAUGAGAAGAAACCUCGUGGCUGAGAUUUGUGACCAACUUCCUAACAGUUGUCUAGAUCUGCUGUAUGGUUUGCAAACCAUGGGCUCAAUUUUAUUUAAUUACAAAGAGUAGCCCACACAAAGUUUUGUUUAAAAUGAAAGCGAAGUAGACAUUUUUAAGUAUGUUCUAAGUGAGCCACUUGGCUAAGAAUUAGGUGCUUAGGAUCUGACGACAGAACCAGAAAUGACUACAGACUUGAAAUUUUAGGCUCAUGGAGCUAUCAGAUCCUGAAUUAUACUUGGAGCUUAGAGAAGGAAUUAAUACCGUGAGGAGAGCAACCUCGAGGUGAGAAAAAGAAAACUACCGGAGCACACUGAGGCUUUGCUGUGCCUGGGAGAUGCUGAGCAGGCUUACCAGCCCAGAGGCCUGGAAAUGGAAGGAAGGCAGGCAGUCAGCAGUUGUGUUGGAAGCUACUCCAGAGGAGCCAUGUGUGUUGGUGGUGUGUGUGUCAACCUGUGGACCGUGAUUACUGUAGAGAGGUUUGCCAGUGUGUUUAAUUUUGUGUUCAUUGCUGUUAGAGAUGAGUGUGGUAUUAUUUACUGUCCUGAUCAUUUAUAUACUAUUUAUACUUUGCAGCACUUUACUAGUAUUAGGAAACUUUUUCCCUCCACACUCCUGUGGCAUUUUCUAUUCCAAUUUGAAAGGCAGGAGUCAGAAGGCCUAAGUCUAGAAAAUCUGAAGUUGAGGGCAUGGGCUACUUUUUAUGUCCCAGUGAGACGACUUUCAGUCUUCAUGAAGCUAAAUCCCCUCAAAUGCAAAAACACACUUGAAACUUUUCAUUUUCUGGAGUUGUGUUAAUAAAAACCAAGCAGUCUUCUAGUUAAUGAGAUUUUCUUAACUUUAACUGCCUGUCUCCUACAAAAUCGUCCCUAGCGUUGACCACAAAUACCCAAAGACAGGAGAAUGAAAACUGACGAGUCAGACACUAACAGUGUCAAAGUGCUACAAAAAUAUUCAUAGUAGUUCUUUAACAGAUAACACUUUGUGAACUUGGCCCUCUUCUUUUUCUUUCAUUUAGAGAUACAGGCAGGCAGGCAGAGACAUCCCACCUCUGGUUCACCCCCCUGAUGCUGGCAAUGGCCAGGUUGAAACCAGGAGCUGGGAACUCAAUCCAGGUUUUAAGACGGACCCAGUCACUUGAGCUUUCUCCACUGCCUCCUAGCUUGAGUCAGGAGCUGGGAGCCAAGCCCAGGUCCUCCAACUUGGGACACAGGCAUCUUAACCACUUGGCCAUUCUUUAAAAUGCAUACAUAGCAAAAUUUUCAGCUUGUUCUGUUGAGAGGUUUUUUGGGUUUUUGUUUUAGGAACCAGGACUCUUCAUUGUAUAACUUGGAUGUAUUAGUAUUCAAAUCAUAGUGCAAAAGUCUCUAGAUGUUUGUUGUUAGAUGAACUGACACAUGAUUACUGCCAAAGAAUAGGGAAAUUUGCUGGUAAGAACAUUGAGGUGCUUUGUGCUUUUUCUUUCACGGUAUGAAGUCUCUGUACUAUUCUGUGUCACCCUGCCCGGAAAUGUGUUGGCUCGGGCGGGGCACCCACAAGACAGCAGCCCAGAAACAAAGAAGGCAGACUUGACCUUUUAGGGAGAGAGCUAAUUUUUUUCUUUCCAAAGUAAAAAAAAAAAAAAAAAAAAUCAGAAAUUAAACACAGACACAGGAGGGCAGAAUGCAGUUGUUUGAAUGUCUUCUACUAAUUCAUUGCUACUGUGUCUUAACUUCCACUGGCUGCCCUUGUUGACCUAGAUAAGAGUAUCGCUAGUCACAUGUGAUGAUUUCAGUGAAAACUUUGUUCCUUAGUCACCUGGUCACAUUUCAAGUGCUCUGCAGCCACGUGUGACAGCAUAGAUACAGAACAUUUCCAUCAGUGUAGAAAUGCUAUUUGACAGAACUCGUAAUACCCAAACAAAAACAGGGAUAAAAUGAAGGCCAUCGAUUAACUUCUGACAGCUCUUGCAUUUUACCACCAUAGUUGAAAAAGCUUUCUUAGAAAAUACCAGCCGUUUUUAACAACCACGAGAAAAAUCAAAACUCCAUUGCAUUAGCUGGUUUUCAGUAUAUUCAUUUUUUAAAAAUAGAUUCUGAGCACUUUAUUUUUCAAGUGAUUAAAUCAUUUUGUGGGUCAUUUUUUGAUAUCUUUAGGUUUUUUCCUUUUAUAUACAUAUAUACUCUUAAAGUUGAUUUAUAGUUGUCUAACAUUUAUCAAGCAGAAACUGAUAUGUGUACUUAUCAAAUAAAAAUUGAUAAACUUUAUUAUAUACUAUUAUUUUUAAACCUAUAUAGAUCUAAUGAAAGUUACCAACUUUUUUUUCUGUCCCUUUAAAUAUUUCUCUCCUAAAUUCACAUUUGACUGUCUUCCACAUCAAAGGUAUAUACAUCAAGAUCCAAAUAAUUUGGUUUUCUUCAUAGCUUCUUCUCUUCUUAUUAGCUUGGGUUAUAAUCAAAUUAAGUUUUAUGUAUGAAGCAAGCAUUUACUAUUCCAGCAACUUAGCUAAUGAAAACAUUUUUAAGAUAAUUUACUUGGCCUGUUAUUAAAGUACUUAAUUAAAAGGAUCUGUAUGGGUAUAUAUCUUUGAAUUUUUUAAUGAAAAUCAUAAUUCUCUUGAAUCAGCCUGGUGCUCAGUUAAAACUACACUACUAGGAAGUCCUGAUGGUCCCCUCUUGCUUCUUAAAUUUUUGUAAUCAAGUGGCAAACUUGAUCUAAUAGUGUCAAAUUCCAUGCAAGUUAUAAUGAGAUCCAUAUUGUAGUUCAAGGACAGAUGAGUAAUGAUGUGAUUGGGAGUGGUUAAUCAUUUUCUUGGUGACCUAGUUUACAUAAUGUUCUACAGACUCAUACUAGUUAAGGGAAAUUUUCAAUAUGCUUGAAAUAAGAAAUAGCAUUUUAGUAUAAAUACAGGAGGUGACUGUACACAAAUACCAGCAGAUGAUUUGGGGGCCUUUUAGUUUUUUUUUUUAACAGUAGUCUUUUUUUUUUUAAGAGUCUUAGUUAUUUAUAAUUCAAAUGCACUAAAAUGUCAUCACUGUCACUAACUUUGCUGUUUACAGUUUCUAUAUAAUUACGAAUGCUUUGUACUCCGAAGAUCAUUUCCAGGUUUAUCUUGUUUUGCAGGUUUCAUGUUUUGACAGUUGCCCACUAUUUAUAACGCUUAACUUUGGAUUAUGUGAUUAUGUUAUGAUUAGUAAAAUUCAAACAUAUCUAAUAGUUUCAUAAAUUGCCUUAUUUUGAUUAACAGAUUCAGAGUGUCAGAAAUUUGGGGAUUAAAAAGAGGCUUUUUUUCCCCUGUAAGCUUUUCAGAUGAGCUUGAAACACCUUCAUACGUUGGAGUUGGGGCCAUAUUGAUGACAGUACCAGCUCUAAAGCCUUACACUCGUGUCUUAAGUAUUGAUUGCUCUGUGAAUUGUUAGUUUCGUAUUUGAUAUUACAGUUAUCCACCUUGCAUUUUAGCCUUUGCAAAAAGGAUAUUGCUAGGAAUAUUCUUGUUUCACAAUUUUAUUCUUUAUCAGUAUAAUCCAGAAAUGAUGUCCACAUAGGACUCUAAAUUUCUCACUUCCCAAUUAAAACACAAUACAGAUUUAGCAACUUUGUACAUAAUGGUGUCCAAUCAUUUUUCCACCUGUUUACACAACUUAUGUACAAUUUACUAUUUGUUGAGAUUGGUGGAUGUUCUCACUGGUUUUCUGAGGUGAAUGACUUGUUAGACAGCUUAAAUGAGAAAUUUUAACUAAAAUCACAAAAACAAAGUCCAAUAAACCACCAUCAGAAGAUGGAUUUCAGUUUUUUUGAAAUUUUAUGUUUUGUUUUGAUAUCACUUACUCAUCUUAAUUUUAUGACUGCCAACUUGUAAUGGUAUUAUGUGUAUGUGUUUAUAUGUAUGCAUAUAAUAUAUGUAUAUGUAUAUGAAGAAUAAAGUUAAGAUUUGGUCAAACUAUAUUUUCCCAUUCAAGUACAAAAAUGUUUUCAAAGGCUGCAAAAAGUGUACAGUUGUUAAACAAGUUGUAAAUAAAGACUUGUAUAAAAAUUCA